AUGCCGCUCCUAAUCACGACUCAAGCCGCGGCCGGAGUGACAGUGGGGGUAACCUUCAUGACAUGCGGCAUUCUGUUUGCGACGGUCACCUUCCGUCUCGACCGUGACCCCCAACUGAUCCAGGUGCUGAGCGACCUUGCCUGGCUGUACUUUACCAUGUUGAUUCCAAUGUUGAUCCUGCAAGUCCUCCUCGUUGCCCAGGUCAUUCGCUCUGAUCGCCGUGUGCAGCCGGUCGUGCCCUCGUGGCUUGCAUUGACCAAUGAAUUUCUUCCAUCUGGGUGGUUUGGUGUCUUGGGGACUCAUUGUCUGCAUCACGGUCCUUUUCCAUGGAGUGGAGGGAUCCCGUUCUGGCUCACAGCGGCUACCUAUUUCGUCCAUAUGACGCUCGGCACGGCUUUCUUUUGGAUCGCGGCCGGAGAGAUAGAGGGACAAUGA